ACAAUGCAUGUCUGUAUAUGCAUUCAGUUAAAACUGCUCUUUAGAUUCUAGUAAUCAAUCCUCUCUCUCUCUCUCUCUCUCUCUCUCUCUCUCUGAUAUAAUCGAAACAACCAGUAUUAAUACGGAAUCUCUUAGCUAGAUAUGGAGGGUUCUUCAUCCACAAGAGGUUUGAGGAAAGGAGCUUGGUCCGCAGAAGAAGAUCUUCUUCUUAGGAAAUGUAUCCAAAAGUAUGGUGAAGGAAAAUGGCAUCGAGUUCCUCUAAGAGCAGGGCUGGAUCGGUGUCGGAAAAGCUGCGGGUUGAGAUGGUUAAACUAUCUACGGCCAAAUAUCAAAAGAGGAGAGUUUAAAGCAGAUGAGGUGGAUCUCAUCGUCCGGAUGCAUAAGCUUCUUGGUAACAGGUGGUCCUUAAUUGCUGGUAGAAUUCCAGGAAGAACAGCAAAUGAUGUCAAGAACUUCUACAACACUCACUUGAAGAUGAUUUAUUUCUCUAAGCAUAUUAGUAAUCGGCACUGUGACAGUCACCGCGGGGAAGCAGUUCCGAAAAGUAGGCGACAACGUUUGAACAUCGGCCCCCCUGAUGAUAAAAGUCAUACAACCAUGGUGGUAAAUGUUGUAAGGCAUGUACCUCGAAACUUCUCCGAUAGAUAUAAAUCGACUAUCCAAAAAAGCAGUUCCGAAAAGUAAGACGUAUCCAGCAACCCCCACCACCCUUGUGGCUUGAGAUAAAAAAAUAUCGAUCAGCAUUUUAUUAGGGUUCAUCACUUAUCGUAGUGCGAACUGAAUUUUAUCAUCGUGUGAGAAUAAAUGUUACAGGGAAGUAAUGAUGGUGUAAGAUCGGGGGGAAGUGGAUAUGAGGUUCGUGGUUGUUGUCGUAUUCUUUGUCUCUCGACCAAUUGCAGAUUUCUUCUUCCGAUUCCAAUAAUAACAACAACAGAUUUAGGGAUUGCAGUGUCAACUUAGGUUUGCGUAAGAGUUUUUCGAUUGUUGUAAAUUGCAGCAGUAAAGUUUCUCGAUCUGGAUUUGCUUGGGAGUAAUCUAUUUAGUUCUGGGGUCGAUUGAAACAAGAGCUAUUGUUGACUUCGUUGAUUUUCAUGGAUGGGUUCAUAUUCAAUUUGAAUUCGAAGUAACAGAAGAUGGAAUUUGGGGGUUCUACAGUUGAGUUCGAAUUUGCAGAAAUGAAUUUUAGGGAUUUCACCGUGUGUCUAUUGCUAAUUCAUUAGUUGGGUAGUUGUAAUUUUGAAUGAAUGAUGAUUUAUGAUUUUCUAUAAAUGAAAACCCAAAUUGAAUCUCCACCAGAGAUUUAAAGGUCGGAGAAGGUACCGGUACCGGAGAAGAAGGAGAGACGUGGUGCAAUUUUGGACACCCUUCAAAAGGUGGGUGAUCCUAACCAUUCAUUAUCUGGACGGGUUUGCAACCGUAUGAAUCAACUAGAUAGUGUCUCGGGCAAUGUAGUUAAUAUCGGAUACCUGUUUGUCUCGGCUGAGGACCGGUACACUGGUACAACAUUGUAUCGGGGAGAUUUCGGUUUUUAAUAUCGGUGCAAUAUCGGUUCUAAAUUUAUAUCUAUAAUUUAUAUUGUUUCACA